UUUUUUAUCCUCCAAUAUCCUGAUGCCCUUUCUGAUGUCAUAGUCUAGUCAGGAAUUUUGAGUACAUUUCGUGGGAAUUUAAUAAGAACAUGAUACCAUGUCAAUGCAAUAAGAAUCACAUUCAACUAGCACAUCAACUAUAUUUUGUAUGUAUUGAGCUUCUUGAGAGCUUGUGAGUCACAUGAAUUAGCCUAUCACUAAACUAGCUUACACGAGUUAUGGCACAGAAAAGAGUUUCUCAUGUGCUUGUAUGCAGAGAGUUAAAGCCACACCUGCUAAUGGUCAUAGUCCAGGUGGGCUAUACCUUCUUAUAUUUCAUCACUGAAGCCUCCUUCAAUCAUGGUAUGAGCCCUCAUGUGUACGUAACCUAUCGGCAUAUUCUGGCUGCGGCUAUGAUGUUCCCUUUUGCAUACUUUUUGGAGAGAAAUGCAAGACCAAAGCUGACAUUUGCUCUUUUCAUGGAAAUUUUUGUGCUUUCUCUGUUAGGGGUUAGUGUGACUCUUAAUAUGUACUUUGCAAGCCUGAACUACACAAAUCCGACCUUUGUUGCUUCCAUGGUCAACACCAUAGCUUCCCUUACCUUCAUCAUUGCAGUGGCACUCGGGUUUGAGGUUCUUGAUCUUCGAAAUCCUCGUGGUAUAGCAAAAGUUAUUGGGACCAUGAUCUCCUUAGCUGGUGUUUUGAUCAUGACACUGUACAAAGGACCAGUUAUGAGAAAUUUAUGGCAUCCUCUAAUCCAUAUUCCAGGGAAAAGUGCUGCUAUAAAUGAAGACUGGUUAAAGGGUUCAAUUCUUACGGUUUCAAGUUGUGUUACAUGGUCUGUAUGGUACAUUAUGCAGAAGUCAAUUAAGCGCUAAUUAACAUGAGAUCAUGUGAAGGAGAUUCAAAUGGGACCAGAACACAGUAAUCUUUGAGUAUAAACCAUCCGCAAUGUGAUGAACCUGGUUGCGGAAACAUCCAAAAAACUUGGUUGUUUUAGGAGAUGAUUCUUGGUUUGGCAAAAAAAAAGUUCUUUACACAUGUUUU